UUUUCUUGUUGUCACGUGGUUUGUACGUCAUAAUAUGAUCGAUACCUACGGUAAAUCUGGUGAUUUUUCUUUGAUUUAUUUGUGUUCUGUGAUAAUGUAAUCCGAAGCCAUUCUCUACUUUGGGACAUUUUCUGUGUUCGGUGUAUGACAAGAAAACUGCAGUUGGAUGCCGUGUUGCGACUAAACACUGUUGAAACUGAUCCAAUGCUAACAAUAUUCACGUGGAGUUUACCUGUGCAAUAUUACCUGGCCUUUUUAUCAGACAAAAAAACCAUAACAGAUAUUGAUAAGCCUUUUUUUGUUUUAUGAAUUUUAUGUUUAAUCAGGGACAUCUGCUGUUAUCGGAAUUUGACAGAGAAAAUUCGAAUGAAUGCUAUAAUUUCCGCAUCGUUUUAAAAGAAUUAGUACUAGUGAAAAAGAUCGCCAUCCGAUUGUUGUGAUUCUCUUUCUUGGACUCAAAACACUCUUGCCAUCGCUCGAAACAAAAUGGAAUAUACCAUGCUGCAUAUAAAGUUAUGAUGGCCCUGGAACACCUCUGAGUUCUCCAAAUGUUGAUAGACAGACACAUGGACAUUAUGCCAACAUCCGCAAAACGCGUGUGUAGAGAAGGCAGUUUGGAGACUGACAAAGAAUCUUCCGGUGACAUUUCACCCAUUCAGACGCCCGAUCUUGAAGCCGUUCGCCCCAAAACCAGAAAACACCCCAAAUCGAGUCUAAAAUCAGAACCUGAUACAGACGACAGUCCUGUUUUCACUGAUGACGAGAGCGUCGUAGGCGAUGACGACAAAACCGGAAGCCAGGAGGCUACAGCAGAAGGUCUCGGCAAUCAACAGCCACAGAAGAAAACCGUUGCUCAGAUCAUGAGGGACAAGAAGAAACAGACCGGAAUGACCUUACAGUGGCUUGAAGAAAACUACUGUAUUUGCGAGGGCGUAUGCCUACCACGCUGCAUACUUUAUGCACAUUAUCUCGACUUCUGUCGUCAAAAAUCUUUAGAACCGGCAUGUGCAGCAACUUUUGGAAAGACUAUUCGUCAGAAAUUUCCUCACCUUACAACAAGACGUCUGGGAACCCGUGGACAUUCGAAGUACCAUUACUAUGGGAUCGGUAUUCGAGAAACCAGCCAGUAUUAUCAUUCAGUAUACACAGGGAAAGGACUUACAAGGUUUUCCGGUUGUAAACUGAAAAAUGAGGGUGGAUUUACAAGGAAAUAUUCGCUAAGUUCAAAGACUGGUACUUUACUUCCAGAAUUCCCUAAUGCUCAGUACCUCAUAUUACCACUGUCCAUACCUAGAGAAAAGGUAGAAACCUUUGUGAUGAUGUACAAAACUCAUUGUCAAUGUAUUCUCGAUACUGCGAUCAACGCCAAUUUUGAAGAGAUUCAGAACUUCUUGCUACAUUUUUGGCAAGGUCUCCCCGAGCACCUGCUGCCUUUGGUAGAAAAUGAGGUUAUCGUGGACAUCAUCUGUGUUUGUGACAGUAUUCUGUACAAGGUAUUGACAGAGGUCCUAAUUCCAGCGACAAUGCAAGAAAUGCCAGAAACGUUGCUGUGUGAUAUACGUAAUUUCUCCAAACAUUGGGAGAACUGGGUGUCCACUUCGCUAGAAAAUCUACCAGAGCCUCUCUCACAGAGCAAACUUCCGGUCGCAAGAAGAUUUGCACAAGCAAUGAAAAGACAAACUUCAUUUUUACAUCUUGCACAGACGGCACGUCCAGUGCUCUAUGACGCACAAAUGGUCAACCAGAUGAUUGCUGAUGUAGACAGCAUUGAUCUGAAUAGUAUAGGCACGCAUGCACUUCACAAUACCAACGACGGUGGAGAAUCGGAUUUGGAACUCAAUGCAGAAUUUUUGAGGGAAUUUAAAGAAAUACUUCGGAAGCAGGCCACUGUGGAGUCGUUCACAGAGUGGUUAGAUAGUGUGGUGGAAAACAAAGUCAUAAAGCCGAGUAAACAAAAUGGUCGAUCCUUCAAGAAGAGGGCUUCAGCCUUCCUACUGAAUUGGUCGUUCUUUGGAGCAAGAGUGAUGCAUAAUCUUACCUUGAACAACGCCAAAGCGUUUGGUUCCUUUCAUUUAAUUCGGAUGCUUCUGGACGAAUAUGUCUUGCUAGCUGUGGAGACGCAAUUACAUGUAGAGAAGGAAACCGAGAUUCAGUCUCUGUUAGAGAAACACAUGAAAACAGAAGAUGGCAGUUCUCGUCCAAUUCUUUCUUCACAAUCCAGUAGCUGCUUUCUUGCCACGAAAAGAGACACUUUGAAUUCUAGGAACUUUAAUAAUAACACUGUUAAGCACGAGUUUUACGGACAGCCAUCACCUACCGGCCAUAAUACAUUCACUCACGAGAAGGAGCCGUCCUUUAACAUGUCCAGUCACAUUAACAAUAUGGCUGUUAUGGCCCAGAGUGUUCGAGGAAACCCACAGCCAAAUCGCUCAUCUCCAAUCAUUUUCAAUCCGAUUCCACAGCAACUUAGAAAUAGUGUUAUAAGCUAUCCCGGAUCUACACAGCCAUCUUUAGUAGCACCUGCUCCAUUUAGCUACAUCGGACAAGGAGAAUACCAGACUGGUUCGCCAUAUAGUUUUGGUAGCUAUGGGCCGCAUUACCCGAGUGCCUUCCGAACACACCCAUCUAUGAAUCAUUCACCAUAUUCCAGUGUGAAAAAUGAUCUGGAACCAAGUUAUCAUCAUGACUCUCAAUACACCAGUGCGGACUUCUAUAAUCCGAAUUACACCAGUUUGUCUCAGCCGACCUUCGGGUCUCCAUCUGUCUAUAGUCAAGGGACUAGUGCAUUCAACGUGGUGCCCACUAACCAAGCGUUUAGUGGAUUGUCUUACUCUGGAUCAGAUUUCUUCAGCAGUGGCUAUAAUCCGCCGUCGAAGCCACAUGUCGAGCACGUGUCCGUGAUACAGCAGCGCUACCCUGACGAUCCACUGAACAUCCUAGACAAACCAAUCCGACCGAAAGAUGGCGCUUACAACACUAGUCCAGCCAGCUGUCACAGUCCGCCUCGUCCUGGGGUGCAUCAUGACUUUGGUGACGACAUCAUAAGUAUGGCUGUAAAUGGAAUGAUAACGAGUGACCAUGACCUUUCCCAGGCAUACAAUGACCCAGGACCUUUGCCCUCAAUAAACACAGUGUUUAUGACGUAAUCCAUGGCUAUUCUUCAAAAAAACCUUAUCACACUUUGUGGCAUUCUAGAAUGAAAUGGAAGCGCAAUAAGAAUAUACAGUGAUUACAUUUUUGUGACUGUGCAAUGACUUUCGGUAUUUUACCAUAAAUCCUAGAGGGUUUAGCAUCAUUUUACUACUUGGAUGAGAUUCAUUCAUUGCUUUAUUAAACUGAAUGAACAAAUCAUAAAAACCGUGUCAAUACAUGUAUUUUUAAUUCACCAAGGGUACAAUAGACAGACAAUAUAUACCAAUUGCUGGAGCAGAUCUGAAUUGUAAAUACGAAUUACUUUGAACUGUAUUUGUAGUGCUAUAUCAAGUCCUACUAUAUAAAUGUCAGUAGGUUAUGUACUUAGAGUUAGUUGGUUAGAUUAUUUCAAGUGCCUGAUAGUUCUGCAGCCAUAUCAAACUUGCAUUUUUCCAUAAUAUGUAUUCAUUGGUUUUCAUCCAUGUCAUAUGUUACGGAGCGUUACUGUCUUGAAUCUGUUCAUCGCCAUUCAUAUAUUAUGAACAGAACACAGAUUUUGUGAUUUUGAAUAUAUUGUGUUUGUGAUUACUGCAUAGAAUUUCGACUCAUUAAUGUGCAAUUCACAACGAGCUUACACGAUCAAAUCAAGCUUGCCUUUUGUAUAUUGACUUUAUAAUUAAACAUCUGUAUGUUCUCACCCACUUUCAUAGGCUUUAGAUGAUAUAAUCUAUCAAAUGAUAUUCUAAAAGUUUAGUGGAAAUGGAUUAUAAAUGGUAUGCAAUAUGUAUUAUUUUGCAAUGUAAUUCGUAGACAUAGAGAAUUUCAUUUAUGAUUGUUUUUCAUUUUCCUUUUGUUCCCAUACUUGCCAUGACAAUAUAAUAGUCAAUUAUUAUACAAAUCCAUAUCAAUAUUGUUGCCUUUUGUUACAUUUUCGGAAGACAGUUGUCUUAAGGAUUCUAUAUUUAACCUUGAAAUGUAAAUAAAAGUGGUUUACAAAGAA